AUGGACAUUGAGAACGUAAGUAUCUUUACUCAUCCCAUUCUCUCGCUCAAAGUCUUAGCUAGAGUUGGUAUAAGAUACCUUGGAGCAGCCCUCCAGUUUUGUUAUUCGCAUCUUUUCCUAAUUCUAUCAGUUCUAGUUCUCGGCAUAACUAUUUACAUGACUCCAGGACCUCAUCAGCCAGUAUAUUUUAUUUAGUAUGUGUCAACAGCUGAAGAAAUAUUUUUCUUUGCAGCAUGGUGGAUAAUGCUUGGAGUUGCAUCAUCAAUAGGCCUUGGGACUGGGCUACAUACCUUUGUUCUCUAUCUUGGCCCACAUAUAGCUGGUGUUACAUUAGUUGCAUAUGCUUGCAAUUAUAUUCCUAAUAUGCUGCCAAAUCGAUGGACUUAUCAUAAUUUCGAAGAUUGUCCUGUCCCUACUCAAGAUCCAAUAUCAAUAUGGGCAAUUAUUUGGAGCGUGCAAUUAGAAAGCUUUUUAUGGGGAUUUGGCACUGCCUUAGGAGAGCUUCCUCCUUAUUUCAUUGCCAGAGCUGCUAGAAUGGCGAAUAGGAAGCCUGAAGAGCUAGAAGACCUUGAAAAACCAGAAAAAAACACACUUGCGGACAAAGCGAAGCUGUUUAUAGCAAAACACUUGAAAAGCCACGGAUUUAUUACAGUAAUGCUGAUGGCGUCAAUACCAAAUCCAUUGUUUGAUUUAGCUGGAUUAAUGUGUGGGCACUUUGGGAUUUCGAUCUGGAUCUUUUUAGGGUCGACUAUGAUUGGGAAGGCGAUUUUUAAGGUACACAUACAGAUGAUUUUUACAGUUUUCUUAUUUAGCCAACAUCAUGUGGAAGUAAUUUUGCACUUUAUUGAAGAGUUAGUUCCAUCUAUGAAAGGAAGAUUAAGUUCUUGGUUAGAAGCACAGCAAAAACUAUUGAGAUCGCCUAAUCAAGGUAUUCAAGAAAAGCCGUGGUUUGCAGCUGCAUGGGAGGUAUUUAUAAUUUUGAUGAUUGCUUUCUUUGUUAUUUCAAUUUUGAAUAAUGUUGUUAGGAGUGAAUUGGCAGAAUCACAAGAGGCUAAGCCAGCUGAGAAGAAAAAAAAGCCUAAAAAAGAAUAA